UCGCCUGGAUAAAGAAAACUCGGCCCGACUCUUUGUUAAGGGAGGCCAAGGUCCCCAGGCCCAUACUAGGCCACACGGCGGUCUCCUGGUUCCCUAGGAGCUGCUGCCCCGGCGCCCAGACCUCCUCCCCCUCGUCCUGAGGCCUACCGAGCAGCCACAGCCACAGACGAGCCCUGCCGCUUCGGAUUACGUGCGCUCGGUCUCCGUUCCCCCGUCCCGUUACAAUGAGAAUUCUCUACUUGCUUUGUGUGUGCCUUUUGAUGCUGGGGGAUUUCUUGGAAGCCAAGUUUGAUGAUUUUGAGGAUGGAGAUGACAUGGUAGAAUAUGAUGAUAAUGAUUUUGCUGAGUUUGAGGAUGCGAUGGAAGAUGUUGUCACAGAGCCCCCUCAGCGAGUGAUCACAACCGAGGAAGAUGAAGAGGAAGCCACUGUAGAGCUGGAAGGGCCAGAUGACAACCCAGAAGACUUUGAAGAUACAGAUCCUCAGGAGGGAGAUACUGAGAAUGAACCAUAUGAUGAUGAGGAAUUUGAAGGCUUUGAAGAGAAACCAGACAUGUCUUCUAGUAAAAGCAAAGACCCUAUAACAAUUGUUGAUGUCCCUGCACACCUUCAAAAUAGCUGGGAAAGUUACUAUAUGGAGAUUUUGAUGGUGACUGGACUGCUUGCCUACAUCAUGAAUUAUAUUAUUGGAAAGAAUAAAAACAAUCGCCUGGCCCAGGCUUGGUUCAACACCCACAGAGAGCUUCUGGAAAGCAACUUCACCCUUGUUGGGGAUGAUGGAACCAGCAAGGAAGCUACAAGCACAGGGAAGUUAAACCAGGAAAAUGAACACAUCUAUAACCUCUGGUGUUCAGGUCGAGUGUGCUGUGAGGGCAUGCUUAUACAGCUAAAGUUUCUCAAGAGACAAGAUCUCCUAAAUGUCCUGGCUCGAAUGAUGAGGCCAACCUGUGAUCAAGUGCAAAUAAAAGUAACAAUGAAUGAUGAAGAUAUGGAUACAUAUGUUUUUGCUGUUGGCACACGAAGAGCCUUGGUGCGAUUACAGAAGGAGAUGCAAGACCUGUGUGAAUUUUGUAGUGACAAGCCCAAGUCUGGAACAAAGUAUGGACUUCCAGACUCCUUGGCCAUCUUGUCAGAAAUGGGAGAAGUCACAGAGGGAAUGAUGGAUACAAAGAUGGUACACUUUCUCACACACUACGCUGACAAGAUUGAAUCAGUCCAUUUUUCAGACCAGUUCUCCGGGCCAAAAGUUGUACAAGAGGAAGGUCAGCCUUUAAAGCUGCCUGACACUAAGAGGACAUUAUUGUUUACAUUUAAUGUACCUGGAUUAGGUAACACUUCCCCAAAGGAUAUGGAGGCUUUGCUGCCGCUAAUGAAUAUGGUGAUUUAUUCUAUCGAUAAAGCCAAAAAGUUCCGACUUAAUAGAGAAGGCAGACAAAAAGCUGAUAAGAAUCGGGCUCGAGUUGAAGAGAAUUUCCUGAAGCUGACUCACGUGCAGAGGCAGGAAGCUGCACAGUCUCGCCGGGAAGAGAAAAAAAGGGCUGAAAAGGAGCGGAUCAUGAAUGAAGAAGAUCCUGAGAAACAACGAAGGCUAGAGGUGACAAUGACUUUUUCUGUCACUGAAGUGACAAAUCAUUGGGGUUGUGCCCUGGAGGAGGGAAUGGGGACACUUUGUGCUUCCCCUCCCCUCUUAAUCUAAGGUUGUUUUUUUUCUGUACCACUUGAGAAGUACAGAAAAUUGUCUUCUAGAGACAUUUUCUCCAUUCCAUUUCCUCCUGGGGGAAAAAAAGUGCUAGAUUUGAGAUCAUAUCUGAACCUAAAUCAUAAAAAUAGCCACUAAAAAUAAAAAAAAGCAAAGUGUAAAAAUUUUAAAAUCAAUUUAAAAUCAUCAAAAAACAAGAUAUUCCAAUAUAUACAUGCAGAGAACAAAAAGAAGAUUGUAUAUGAAACUGAAUUUCUGUUAUAAUUUUUUAAUGCAUAUUAGGUAUUAACAAAACUGCCCUGUUUGUGUCCCCUUCUGAACAUUUUAGUUUUCUCAGUUUUAUGUUUUAGUGAUGUUCUUUUCUUCUCUCUAAGUUCCUAUAAACUUAUCCAAAUCCCAUAAAAGAUCAUUCAGUAAGCCCUAUUAUGUAUAUAUUGGGCAGUAUGGAAUACAAAGACAAAAGUAAAACUAAUGCCUACACUCAAGGGGUUUAUAUUAUAAUGGGAGAGAUAACAUGUAGAUCUGUAAGUGCAUGCAGGAUCUAUAGAAAAUAUUCUCUUAUUUGUAUAAGAUAGUAUUGGGAAAGUACUGGUCAUUACUUAGAGCAUCAGAAAGGCUUCAUUUAGAAGGUGGUAUUUGAAUGAAGAUUUGAAGGAAACCAAAGAUUCCAAGAGGUGGAGGUAGGAGGAGCUGCAUUCUAGGCACAGGAUAGCCAGCACAAAGGCAUAAGGACAAGAAGUGUAACAUCCUCGUGUGUACAGGAGCCAGUAUACUGGACCUCAGACUUCACAGAGGGGAAGCAAUGUGUGGGGAGACUGAAAAGUCAUGAUAACACUAGGUUGUGAAGAGCUAGAUAGAGGAGUUUAUAUCUGAUUCUGAGGUUAAUAGGGAGAUAUUAGUGUUUAAUGAGUUUUAGGGGGCAAGUUAUGACUUGUAUGGAUCUAUGAAGUAUGAAAAUUACUUGACAGCUAAGUAGUAUUGGGGCAAGGGGAGAAAUACAAGGCAAAAAGGCUAAAUAUAAGUUUAUUGAAGUAGUCCAGGCAAAGGGUGAAGAGGGCUUGAACUGUGGCAAUAGUUGUUUGAGUGGUGAGGAGGGAACAUAGGUGAGUUACUGUGGAGAUAGAAUCAGAAAGAUCUGACAACUGACUUGAUAUAUAGGGUACAUCAGAAUGAGGAGCUGAGAAUUACAAAAGAUUUCAAACCUGGGUGAUGACAAGAAUGGUGGAGCCUCUGAUUGCAGUAGGGAUGUUUGGAAAGUGGGGGAGGCAUGGAGAGAAAGGUAAUAAUUUUGUUUUGGAUGCCCAUUAGUAUUGUCAAACAGAAGAAAUCAAUACAUUGGCCACAUCUGAAAAGGUAUGUCUCAUUAAAGUGGGCAAGUUUAGAGGUCUUUUGUUUACUUCUUUGUGAAGGGAACUCUCUCUCAGGAUCCCACAUUGGGUUCCUACCUGUGUCUCUGCACUACUAGAGCUACAUCAUGUCACCAAGCGUGAUGGUGACCUAGGCACUUGAUCCAGAAAUGAUUGGGAAAUUGAUCUGGGUGUUAAGGGAGGAAAUAAAGGAGUGGGAUCCAGGAAGUGGAAGUCUAUUCUCUCAGGCAUGGAAGGUGGCUAAGGGGUCCAUUGGGAGACCACCCACAUGGCAGAAUAAAAUUAGGCUUCUCUCUGUCUGUCUUCUAUCUAAGUAAAUAUUAACAAACUUUAUAGAAAUUAAGGACCCAAGUUUAAUUAAAUUAUUACACUUCUCUGCAACAUUUGGUGCUGCUUUGACCAACCUGUUCUCCCGCAUACUUCCUUUUCUCUAGUCUUUGGACAGUAUCUUCUCUUGGUUCUCCAACCUGAUUCACAGUUUUCUUUGCUGGAUCUUUAGUAAUUCAUGCUCUUUUACGAUACACUUUGUGUAUACCCAAAGACUGUGUCCUGGAUCCUCUUCUCUCACUUGGUGAUCUGUUCUAUUCCCAGGGGUUUUAAUUAUCUCUAUGCAGAAGAUGAUUUGUAGCUAAACUGUGUCUGUGUCUCUCUUCCCUCUAUUUCCCCUCCCAACCCCCAGUCACAAACUGCCUAUUGGACAUUCCAAAUUAGAUGUUCCAUAGACCUUUCAAAUCUAAGAAGUUUCCCUCAAAGCCUAUCUCUCUUUUGAAUUUGCUUUUACUGUCAGGGGUACCUUUAUUCAUCAAUUUAUCUAGGUUCUGAACAUCUAGGUUUGCCCUUCUGUAUUCCAUAUUAAUUUUUUUUAACAUGUCAAUACAAAUUUUAAUCAUCGUUUUCUAACAUUUUCAUUCCUUCCCAAGAUGGCAGGUAAUACAUGUUGUACAAUAUAUAUUUCAAUGUUUAUCAUAACACAUUAAAUGUAAUAGUUACUUUAGAAAAACUCAAGGUUAUGUAAUACUGAUUCAAUGUCUCAAAUACAGUCCUUUUUUUUGUUGUUGAAAUGACAGGGACUAGACCUUUGGCUUUAUUAUUAAAGAGAACUCAGGGAGGAAGAACUUCCCUCUAAUACAAGCCUUUGUCUUCUCUGCAGUCUAUGGUCUUUAGAAGUUGCCUGGAGCACUGAGAGGUUAAAUGUUUUGCCAGUGGUAGCACAGACCCAGAAUGUGAGAUGUCAAUGGGCGGACUUAGACUCAUGUCUUCCUGUCUCCACUGAGGCAAAAAUCACAAACUGUGAUAAAACCCCAGAGUGCAGUUUGAACGAGAUAAAAAUGUAAUUGGAAGAAAAGUACAGCAACAUUUUUUAAAAUACUGCAUAGAUAAUGUUAAUUUGUGGUUUUCUAAGUAACUUUGCCAUCAGCAGGGGUCUUGUUCUCUUUUAUAUGACUAUACUCUACUGAGACAACCCAUUCCCUCUCUUUGGGGGGGGGAAAAGUCCCCCAACCCACCCCUGAUGGAAAAGUAUUUUUACAUAUCUCUUUGCUUAAUUAAUCCAAGUUAGUGUUGAUUCAACAACAGAUUAUAGAUAGUUGUGCCUGAAAUUUGAUAGUUAUGGCUAAAAUGUUAAUUCCUGGUGCAUGGGAAAUUUUUUGAACAGUAACAUGGGUAAUACACUUUUUUGGGUCAGGUUUGGAUUAACUGCCUUUUGCUUAAUUUUGGAUCCUUUCUCAAUAGGAAGCUGCCUUGAGACGUGAGCAAAAGAAGUUGGAGAAGAAACAACUGAAAAUGAAACAAAUCAAAGUGAAAUCUAUGUAAAGCUAAAGUUGCUGACUGAUUCCACUUACAAGUUCUAAUUUCACAGGGUACAAAAAAAGUCCAUUUCUCAUCUUUAGCUUCAAACACUCAACAAAACUGGGAAAUCCUCAUUGGCAUCAUCAGCACUAUUUAUUGGUUUAGAGUUUUACAAAAUAUGUAUACAAGUUUGAAGGGCUCUGUUUUAACCAGUUUCUUCCAGGUAAUCAAAUUGUUUUAAUUAUUUUUAAAAGGAAUGAUAGCUCAAAUCUCCUUUGAUUUAUUUUUUUAAUUUUAAAUUGUAACAUGAAUCACCAGUGCCACUCACAUUUCAGUGCUUCUUGUUUUUAAGAUAUUUGACAUCAAUAAGCAAAAUCUUUGUUACUUGUGGGCAUUUGAAGUGACCAGAAAAGAACUCUAAAACCAGGAUUUCCUAAAUGACUAUUGAAAUUGCACAAUAAACAUUGCUUGGUGUCAUUUUCUUUGUCUCCAUUAAGCUUGUUAAGGAGUGUAUUUAGAGCACUACAGAUAUGAUCUUGAAUUUUCAGGAACUCAGAAUUAAUGUACUUUAGUUUCUGAUUUGUAAGUGAGAGAUGCUGAUGACAGUAUUAUGGAACAUCAUGCUAUAAAUUUACCAUAGGUUUUUAGAAUACUUGUAUGAUAAAAAAAAUUCUUGGUAGAUGAAAUAUCAGGGAUAGGUAGCACAGGAGCAGUUUUCCUCCUUACCUGGUGCCAUGAGCUCAUCAAAAAGUGAAUGCUGUAUUUUAAAUGAUUGUGUGUAUUUCUUUUUCUUGAGCAAGACAUGAUAAAUGAACAGCUUCACCUCAGGCAGUUCAGUGGGCUCUCUAAAAUUCUGUGAAGAAGUUAAUUCUUAAAAUGUUUUCUUUCUUGGUUGCUGCUGCCUGUUAAACUGUUUACUGAGAAUCUUUUCUAAAAGGUGACUAUGCACCUUUGAUUUUUUUUCUGCUAUCCACCCUUCUCCUACUUGAAGUCAGGCAGAUCCUUUGGGUGGAGAUGAGUAUCUAUCUAAACAAUCAAGAGCUGUGGCUGCUUCCUAAGGAAGCAGCUUUAAGGAAGAGGCCUAUCUGCACGAGCACUUUGCUUGGUCAGAUCUCUGCAUUUUAUAAAUGCUUCCUUCUAAGAAAGCAUUUUUUAAAGUAACUACUUGUACUGGGUGUUUUGUGUUGGGAUGGGGAAGAGUCGGGUUUUUUCUUGGGGGUGGGGGAGGGAUUUUGUUGAUGCUUUAUGUGCAGAUCUGUUCUAAGGCAAUAAUAAUGAAUUGCUGUGGAAACAGCAUGUGCUGGAAAAGCCUUUGUUACUGCAUGUAAACUUUUCACCUGAAUUUUUAUCUUGGAGAAUGCCAAAUCCUGUAAUUUGGAGAUGUGAAUGUAAUUUUUAACAUUUCAUAAAAUUAAAUUAUUAAAGUAACAUACUUAGAUGGAAUUUAACUAUUUUAAUGCUUUAAUUUUAGAAUUAGCAUUGUUCCACAACUUUUAAAGAUACUAUAAUAAGGAAAGUUAAUAUGCUAUAAUAUCUUUUGAUUAAACAAAAGCUUUCUUAAAGACAAACAUUUGGGCUAUGGCAGCUAAUUUUUAUAAUAUGAACAUUCAUAUGAACUACCUAUGAAUAUAUUAAAAUAAUUGACCAAAACACUCAGUGCCUUUCUUAUUUUACUAGUGUUAUCCUUUUUCAAGACUCUGAAAUUCAGGACUGUUUUCCUUAUGUACAAGAUCAGCAUUUGAGGAAGCUCUUUAAAAUGAGUGUCUUUUCUGUUUCACCCAUGCUUUAUCAAACCAAGUUAGUUCCCUGUGUCAUCAGUGACUAUGUUCAGGAAUUUUACAUGGGAUGAAUGACCUCUGAUUUAUACUAGUGAUAGUAACUGAUACUGAUUAAUGAGGUCCUGGGAUCCACUGAAGUGUCAGUGAGAAAUCCUAAGAUAUAGCUGGUUAUGUGAGUCCUAUAUGAAACUUUCUGAGCAAGUCCUGAAAAUUAUGCCACCAUUAUUGCCAUCUCUGAGAGAAGAGAAUGUUGCCUAUCAUCCCAAAGAAGUAGAUGGAUUGAACCUUUCAGAACUUCUUUCUGGAGUCCAGAACUGGCCCUAUUUUAGGAGGUGACUGCACUUUGCUUAUAUUUCUGCUACCUGCCCUUCUGCCCAGCUAAUGCUGGGAAGAGCUCUGACCUUGUCUAUAAAAUUGGCAUAGUUUCCUUCUUAUUAGGAAGCCUGAUGGGUGAGGAUUCUCCUUCAAUUAUGUGUCAUCUUUAUAGAACUAAGUAGUUCCUUGCUUGGAUAAAUAGAAAGACAUAGUCCUGUCCUUGUGGAACUUACAGUGUGGCAUUGAACACAUAUCAAGAAUUAUAAUAAUGGUGGCUAGGACCAGAGACUAAUCCAUUGGUAUUAUUGUCUUAAUAACCAUAGAACAGAUUUAGUAUCUUUCAGAAAUUAUCUCAAUGAUUGUCAUGUGACUUCAUGCAUUUUAAGAACUGAACCAGGGUUUAACAUGCACUGUAUCUUCUUGUCAAUGGUCUUUGGAAAUAAAGUUUUGUUAGUGUA